AUGGCCUCCUCCGCAUUGGCCACCGCGGCCGAUACCUCAGCAUUCAGUGUCCGUUCACUGUACCGGUCACUAUUGCGCGAAGGGAACAAGUUUGCGAACUACAAUUUCAGGAUGUACGCGAGGAGAAGGACGAGGGAUGCGUUCCACGAACAUCAGCACGAGAGGGAUCCGCGACGGAUACAGGAGUUGGUGCAGAAAGGUUUGAAGGAGCUUCAGAUGUUGAAGAGACAGACAGUGAUAUCACAAUUCUACCAGCUGGACAGACUCGUGGUAGAAGGCGGAAAGACGGGUAAAGAAAUUGGGGACCGUGGUGGAAUUGUGAGACAGAAAGAUACAGGAUGGGACUGA